AUGGAUUUGCCAGAUGCCGGCCUUAAUGUCAUAAAUUCUCUGGGAUUGUCGACCCCAACUUUUUCUCGUCGAAGCUCCGUAUAUAUCCCUCGCAAGAAUAGCUGGGGGACUCCGAUUCCUCCUCCUUCAAGCCGAACAGCCACCGCUACCAACGAUUCCCAGGAGGAUCUCUACGACGAUGUCAAGCUCCAAUCCACAGACGAUGACUCCAGCAGUAGCAAGAAGGGCAAUGAAGAGUGGAAUACUUUGGACAACAUCGCUGCUCUAGGACUGUCGUUCCAUGAAGAUGAGGCUCAGGUUCCCGAGCCCGUCACGCUCGAGCGGUUCUCACUCGAAAACCUGGCAAUCCCAGCGAAUGGAGACCGACCCUUCAACAAGUGGAUGAAGAGUCUUCAGAGACGUGCUACAGAUAGACGCAAGACGGUGAGCUGUGAUGUUACCGGUUCGGCUCUGGAGCACGAGCUCUUCGAAACUCCAAACUCAAGAAGGCGGACGGCUCACAAGAAAUCCUCCUCGGGCUCCUCCUACGGGUUUGUAACUGCAGUCAAGAGUGCUAGCAUAAGUCUAGCGAGCUUCAGUGUCGCUCCACGCUCGAAGAUGACUGCAGUUUCCUCUCGACACCAGAGGACUGACCGUAGUAGUAGAGCUUCCAACGUCGGUCGCACCUCCGAAGACAGCUCAUAUCUUGCUAGUGGCGUUGCGAUCGAUCAAGCUGUCACAAAUCGCUUGCUUCAACGCCGCCGAAUUCUAGAAGAGAUCAUUACGACGGAAGAGAGCUACCUAGCAGAUGUCAAGUUCCUCAUGAAUGUAUACGUAACGUUGUUGGCCUCCAUCCCAAGCCUGUCCUUGAACCUUCGAUCUUCCAUCAAUCGUAACCUCAAUGACAUUGUCGGGCUUCAUGAAGAUCUCUUGGGCGAGCUUCACAAAGUAGUCCCAAACUCCGAGUAUACUCAAGCAAGUGUGCAUACGAGAAUCUCGCCACUUCGCAAUAUGCAUCAGCGGUGGCGGAGUCUUGAUGCUGUUCCUGAGCAUACCAGUGGCGCGGCCUGGCUGCAAAAAAUUCCCGGUAUGAUAGCUGAGCCUAAAAUUGCAGCCGAGGUCGCAAAAGUGUUCGGCAAGAAGAUGAACCGGUUCUUUGCCUACGAGGAAUAUGGAGCCAAGUAUGAGAUGAUGAUCAGAGAUAUCGCCAAUACCUACCGAACUAUUCCUCAGUGGGAGACAUACCAGAAAGGAUUUGAAGCUCUCGCCUCGUCACUUGCCUCAAUCAACAACCAGCAACACAAUACGAAGAAGGCAUUGACGAUUGGAGAUCUCUUGGUCAAGCCAAUUCAACGAGUUUGCAGAUACCCUUUGCUGUUCUCGGAGCUCUUGAAGGUGACACCUGUGUGUGACUGUCCCGAUUCCCACAUGGAAAUCGAAAACGUUCUUAUCCGACUUCGAGAAGCGACGACGGAGAUCAAUCGAGCAACUGAUGACCCACGAAUGAAAGCUAUAAUUGAGAAGUCAUGGCUGUUGCAGGAUCGGCUCAUCUUUCCCGACACGACUUUUCUUCAGUCCAAGAACUACAUUCGUGCACUCGGACAUAUUCAUUUGUGUGGUGUUCUCCACGUCUCCUGGCAGACCAGAACAGGUAUUGACGGCCAAUACAUGAUUUGCCUGCUGUAUCGCGAUUUCCUCCUGUUCGCAUCAGCUCCGAAGAAUGACCAGAUCUAUACCGUUCAAGCCUGUAUUGGAUUAAGCGAGAUGCGGAUCGAGGAGAUUGACAACGGUCGAGGUAUUUCCCGAAUAUGCGCGCGGUUUCCAAGCGACCUUACUGACUGUGCUUCAGGACUCCAAUGCCACACGGCACCGUGUUCGUGGAAGCUAGUCUUCGAAUGUGAUCACCAGCUUUUCGAGACUACCAUGAGUGCAUGCUCUCCCAAAGAGGAACUUGAAUGGCGAAGCAGGUUGGCAGAUCGCUCUGGUAGGGACAGCUUUGAUGCAGGAGAACAAGCAUUGUUUACAUCUUUAUCCCUGGCCAUCAAGCCCAUGGGGACAGUUUUUGGAAAGCCAGGCACUAUCGCCCGACGAAUCUCGAUACAUAGAGCGACAACGGUAGGACCCAUGACAGGGCUCUGUCAAGUCAUCAUCAAAAACACCAACGCCUUCAAAGAUACGGCAUCGUGUGCCUCGAUCCACCGAUCCCAAUCCCUCCUCAUGACCAAUCGGAUCCCCGUGCUGGCUCCUUCCCGCGCCGAUCGCAUCCGACUCGAGACGCUCCUGGCCGAUGUCUGGACGCGCGAGAUUCUCCCCUUUCCAGGCAUGACCAGCCGCGCACGCAGCGAGCACCUCGUCCGCGCCUCGGCCAGCUCCAUGAUGCGCAAGCUCAGCGUCGCCAGCAUCGCCAGCAACUUCACCAAGCGCUCCGGCAGCAUGGCCAGUCUCCGCAUGACCUUCGAAGACGACGAGUCCGGCGAGCACGACAUCAUGCCCGGCCCCCCCAGGAGCACCCCUUCCCGCGCAGAGUACCACUCCGACCCCAUCGCCACCCUCGACCCGGACGACCCGGACCGGACCCGGGCUCGGGCUCGGGCCCGGCUGUCCGCCAUCCAGGACGAGAGGGAUCACGGGCCCCGAUCGGAAUCGUCGCUGGAUUACCUGCGUCAUGGCAGUCCGGUGAAUACGCUCCGGCGGUUGGCGACGCAGAAGGUCAAGAGCUGGAGCCACGACGGGCACCGCAUUAUCACACCGCCGCUGCGGACGAGCAGUGCGAAUAGCGUGCUGGUUAAGGGGGGACCGCCUACGCCGAGGAGUGCUAUGGCUGCGGGUUCUAUGGCUGCGAGUUCUGUGGCUACCUCGGUUAUUUCGGAGAAGAGUGAGGACAAGGAGAAUAUGCCGCAGGUCGGCUCCGGGGGCGGGAGGCAGGCGAAGAAGGAGAAGGAGAAGGAGAAGAGGGGGUUGGGGAUUGUCAAGGGGCGGACGGGGGUUGCGGAGGGGAUUAGGAAUUUCUUUCGUUGA